CUGACACCAAACGAGGACGAGGUCAUUGGGUGAAUGUUCUAACCUAUUCGACAUUCUCUUUUGUUUUUUCUUUCCUUUGCUUCAAACGUGUUCAGUAUUGAACAGCAAUUCGGUGUCUCUAGUCACGAAAUGUCCUUUAUCCAGACGACUUGCUUUACUGCGUUAGCUGUGUUUGUUCUUGUAUCAUGUUUAGCUCGACUAAUUGAAGCUGAAAGUGAUGGCGAUGAAGUACUCUUACACUACAACCGAUCGGCGUUGGCUUUGAAAUCACGAGACAAACGUUGGAUCCUUGAAGAAAUAUUUCAUUCGACUGUCAACUAUUUUAAAUGGAAUUUUGUUGGACGCAUCUCUGUGUCGCUAAUUGACGAGCUCAUGAAAUUCAUAGACCCGGUUGUCAACCUACUUUUACCACGCGGCGCAUCCACUUUCGCUUCGUUCGUGCUCUCUGCAAUCUACCGCAAAUUACAAUUUGCUAUCAUGUACUGGUUUAAUAGCCUGUUUUUCAGCCUGUAACUGAAUUUUCGUGUAAUUCUCAUCAGUUUUAUUUUGACCAAAUGUUGCAUGACUCAAACUAUAGCUCCAUUAAUUUUUUACAGUAAAUAUGAUAUAUGUCUUUAUUCGAA